AUGGCAGAGCCUUGGCUGCUGGGCUCCCGGGCGUUUCUAGGUGCACUGCGGUGGCUGCCUACACGCCGUUCCUCGAAAAAUUGGGCCCCUGCACAGGACGUGCUGCUCUUCAAGCAUGAACGAGGCCACUUCUUUGCUGUACUUGGGCUGUUCUGCGCAGGCCAGGGCAUCUUCUGGGCCUCCCUGGCUGUGGCAGCUUUGUCCCAACCUCGGGUCCGCGUCUCUGCACAGCGGGAGGUGGAGGGCCCCACCCGCAGCCAUCAGGACCUGCGCUCCAUGCUCUGGCGCUAUGGACUAGCUAUUAGUUGCAGCGUGAUGGGAACACUGGUACUUGGUGUUGGUCUUCUCUUCUCUCUCCGAUCUGUACGUUCUGUCAUGCUUCGAGCUGGAGGGCAGCACGUGACCCUAACCACUUAUGCCCCCUUUGGCCUAGGGGCCCAUUUCACUGUUCCUUUGAACCAGAUUUCCUGCAUGGCCCACAGAGGUGAAGUUCCUGCUAUGCUGCCUCUGAAGGUUAAAGGCAGGCGCUUCUACUUUCUCUUGGACAAAGCUGGACACUUUCCCAAUACUCAGCUGUUUGACAACACUGUGGGUACCUACCGGAGCUUGUGAAAAGCCAAUUUGGGUCAUUUGCCACUUAAGAGGAGAACAAAAACCUUAGGGAUGAAGGGUUGACAACCAGGGUCAUGGGAAGAUUUAUUAACAGCAAAUACAUGAGUCUUUCAAAGAGCAAUCAGCUGUGGCAGGCCUGCUUAAACCUCCUUUCUUCCCUUCCAUCUAUUUGCUUUAACAUCGAGAACAAUACCAGGAUGAGGAAAGUAUGUUUUGCAAACAAGCUCCUUUAACUGCUAAGCCAUCUCUCCAGCCUCAAGUAUAUUUUGUUACAAAAAACAUUAUUAAAAAAAAAAAAAAUGGGCCAGCGUGGUAGUGCACGUCUUUAA